UUACGUGGGUUUGUAGACCAGUGUACCGGUAGAUGAUGCUCUUCUGUAAGACGUACAGUCAGAAACUUAUAGAAACUCGUCGAUGAAUGACGAACAGUGUGCGCUCUUAUAAUUCUCAUCACCAUUUAAAUUAAAUCACCCGCUAAUUUUAAAUAAUUAUUGUAAUAAAUAAAUAAAACCGUCAGCUUGAGUCAUAAAAUUUAAAAAUUACGGAAAUGAUAAUUUAUUUCGUUUUAUUAAUUAAUCAUUCAGACGCGGUCAUCGCGGAGAAUGCAAGUGAUUUUAUAUAUAGUAAAAAUAAAAAAAAUAAAUUACGUUAAUAUAAAAAUAUUUAUACGACAAUUUAAAAAUACAAAAAUUAAUUUUCCCGGUUUUCGAUUUUUGACUACGGACAAAUAAUCAGACUACUGCUUUAUCGACAUUUUCUCUCCCGUGUGCGAAAAAUAAAUAUCUAGGGGAUGACACUCUUGUAAAUUUAGUAAGUUUGUGGUUUUUGAUAGUGCAGUAAAUAGAGUAAAAAGAGAUUAUUCGAAACAGAGAGAGACAAGUAGAAGCAGAUAGAUUUUAGAGCGUGGAGGAGAGCAUCACAGAUCGUGUUGGUGUGUCGGUUCGAGGUAUCGCCGCGUGAAUAAAAUACCGGGAGAUCACUUAACCCGACGUGUAUCGCGAGGACAAGUGGCCAAACUUUGUAAAAAUCUUUUUAAAAACCAAUAAUUUUAUUUAACUUUCCUUUAUUUUUAUUUUCGUUGGUUAAAUUUUCACGUGAGUGCUAGAUUUUAACCUUAAAAAUAAAAGUUUUAUAAAUAUUAUUGCGUACGAGUUUGCUAAAAACGCAGUGUAGGAGUUACGUGAUUUCAAGUGACGACGGUUUUAUUAUAUACAAAUAAUAUAUAUUUAUAAUAAAUAGUACGUGUAUAAAUAAAUAUACACGUACAGUAAUAAAAAGGAGCGAUGGGCGACGCGGUGAUUAAAAUGUUUAUGGGAAUUCGCGUAACCGAUCCCAUGGUUAUGGGGACUUUUUUUCUGGGUGCUGCUAUUGUUUUAAUUGGAUUUAUUAUCGGACGACGUUCUAGGACUUGCGAGAAUACAAAUGAGCCUAAAUCCGAUGAAAUAAUUCAAGAACCUGAAAUACAGAAAUCAAUCAACACCAACAACGAACGUAAUAUCGGUGGUAAUAAACGUGCAAAGAAUAAAAAACGUCGCGAGGCUCAGCAAGAGUUCACUCAUUCCUGGGUAGUUGGUACUCUCAAGGGUCAUACUGGACCAGUUUUGGACAUAAACUUCUCCAGUGACGACAAAUUUCUCGCUAGCUGUGCUGAAGAUUGCAGCCUGUUGCCGAAAGAUACGCUGAAGGACAACGUGGACGAAGUGGCAAAUGGUUCCACAAAAUCCUCACCGUCAGUCAUUCAUUGCAGCAAAAAGACCAGCAAGAAGGACACUACAACAGCCAGGAAAAAGAACUCCAGUCGUGUCAACAAACCAGCAAUAAUUCGAAGUUGUAGUAGCGGUGGCAGUAGCAUCAGAAGCAGCAACAGCAUCAGCAGUAAUAGCAACAGCAGCAGCAUGGAGUCUGUUUCUUCAAUAAAGGAUCAGACUGUGUUGAGCCGCAGACAGAAAAAAAAUCGACGUGCAUCUCGCGAUCCAAACCACGUUGAUUAUAAUCAUAUUGAUAAUUAUCAUUACAAUGGCAAUUGUAUCAAGUCAACGCUUUGUCAUUAUCCAUUUCAAUUUACACCUUUGUAUGCAGAUCCAUUUUUUCCAUCACUGACAAUAACACAUGGAAUCCAGAAUCAGGAAUUAGAAUUCACAGAUCAACCAGUCCAGAAUCAGAUGAAUAAUAUAUUUUCGAAAAACAAUGCAGCAUGCAAAUUGAACUACCAUCUUUUCAACCAAUCAUACUACAAUCCUUAUGAGAAACCUCAUCAAAUUGUACGUAAUUCAAUGAAUACAGUUCAGUACAGUAAAUAUCGCGAGUGUUUGGAGUACAUGAGUCAUUCUACGUUGAUAUCUAAACUAAAAACUUUCACACACCCGACACAUUAUUUACAAUGUCUGGGUUAUUUGUACAAAAAAGACCUCAAUAGUACUGGUGUUUCUUUUUUACAUACACCUCACUAUGAAUUGAUAAAAUACUUUUACAGUCAUACUGAAGAAGAAAGAAAAAAAUUCUACUAUAAGCAGCGAAAAAAUUUAAAUGUAAAUGCAAAAAUUUUCAUACCUAAUAGUUUGAAUUAUAAACCAAAAAGUACCACAGGCAUUAGUAAUUCUGUCGAGAGUUCGGAUUUUGAGUCAGAGAGUUCUUCGGACAGUGAAAAAAGUGAAUCUUCAGCGUCAUAUUUACUGUACUCGAAUGAAAAAGUCGACCCAAUGCUGCUGAUCCUGAAUUAUUUUGAAGCAGUUAACAAAAAUAGAAAAAAUACUGCCGAACGCGAAUGUGUAAGAUGCUUCAAAAAAUUCUACAUCGAUCCAACAACUGAUGAAUAUAAUUCACAGGAAAAGUGUACAUAUCAUUGUAACAGUGAAAUGGACUCAUCCCCAAUAACGAACAACAAAGUUCGUAAAUGCUGUCAAAGGCCAAAAGAUUCAAAAGGAUGCAUUGAAGCUGAUUUUCACAUUUGGACUGGAGUGAAACCAGGCGUCAAUGGUCCAUUUCACGGGUACAUGUGUACACAACCUUUGAAAUCUUCAAGCAGUAAUAGACAAAUGCUUGACGUGGUUGCUCUGGACUGUGAAAUGUGCAUCACGAGUAAUGGUUUUGAACCCACGCGACUCACAGUUGUACAAUUAGACGGUUCAACAAUCUACGACGCGUUUAUCAAGCCGGAUCACGAAAUAAUUGAUUACAAUACCCAAUUUUCCGGUAUUCGCGCCGAAGAUCUCCAAGGCGCAAAAACACUGCAUGACGUUCAUCGAGAUUUACAAAAAUUCAUUCAUGCAGAUACCAUCAUAAUUGGACAUGGUUUGGAAAACGAUCUCAGAAAGCUGAAAAUCUUGCACGAAACCGUACUUGAUACAGCAUUUAUAUAUCCGCACAAGUAUGGGUUUCCGAAUAAAACGAAGUUAAAGAUUUUAGCAGAAACUGAAUUGAACCGGACGAUACAAAGCGCCGAACAUUACGCCUACGAAGACGCGAAAGCGGCAAUGGAUUUGGCACUUAAUAAAGUUCUCGAAGAUGUGGGAAAACGAAAAUAAAUAAUUUAAUUAAAAACUUAAUAUUAGUGUGUGGUGUUACGAGUGCUGUUAUAUACAAGUUAAGUGAAGUCUGUGAUACAUUUUAUAUGUAUGUAUACUAAAAGUGAUGUUUACAUUGCCCACCUUUACUUAUAUAUACUUGUCUUCAUAUUGAAGAGACAUUGUAAGCAAGUGUUAUUUUAUGUCAUUUCAAAUUCAACUAUUCACAGUAUUCCAUAACUAACAAAAUUAUUUUCAUUUAUUUACUGCAUAUUACAUACUCAUUUUAUUUGUCAUCUAUCACUCGUCACUCAUCAGAGACUUUUGGAUGUUUAAUGAUAUUAAUAUUGAUGAGAGAUAUUUUAUGUAUAUAAAUGUAUGACUGUUGCGUGAAUGUGGUGAUAAAUUUAAAUGUGAUUUUAAAUCUGUACAAAUUUAUCAUAUUAAUAAUCAUUAUUCGCUUUAGGAUUAUAUUCUUUUUCACUCACUCUUAUCGGCAGCAUAAUGUAUUUAUUUAAAUAAUUGAAAACUAAACCGUAUAAAUCACCACACAUCAAUUCAUCAAAUAAAAAAUAUUCGAUUUUAUUUUUUCUACUCAUAUACGGAAGUAUUUUUGUUUUUAUUUCAAAACAAUUAUUUUUUUUCAAUUUCAACGGCUGUGCGCUUCCAUGAAUCUCAUGUUGCGAUUAUUUAAUUGAAAGGUGAUUUAAAUGGAGAAAAAAACAAUUUAAGAAAAAAGUGUCUUAAAAAUAUAUGACGUAUUGAUUUAUCUUAUUAUUUUUUUGUCUUCCGUUGUAUUACUUCUAUUUUGACAAAGACUUGUUACUUAUAAGUUUAAGUACUAAGCUAUUAUUUAUUAUUUUUUUUUUCAUUGUUUUUAAAUUAUUGUGUAUAAGAUUACGCAUAAACUUGACCGCAAUAUUUAAAAAUUAUCGCGCUACAAUAAUUAAGAUAUUAUCAAGUGUAGAUAAUUAAUGUACGGUCUAUUUUGAUAAUGAAAGUAAUGCUUCUUAAUUACCUAUUUUUUCAUUAAAAUAACGCACUUUCACGUUUAACGAAAAGGAAUUUUUUAAUUUAUAAAUUUUAAUCAUCGUAAUUUAUUAAAAAUACCUCGACUUAUAUAUUUUGUAUAUACAAACGAAUGUGAAUUAUCAAAUUUUGUAAAUUUUAAAUCAAAGAUAAAUCAAUACAAAACGAUAUUACUUAUUUGUAUUACGUAUAAAACUGUAC